AAAUUGCCGUUUCCGUUCAAAUAACUAAAUUGGGUUCACAAGUGAUGAAAAAUGUCGAAAAAUAACUGUGAUUUUAAAUUGAAAAAAUUAAAGAGAAAUUAAACAUAUGAACUAAAAUCUGUCAUCGUUUCAAGUUCCGGAAAAGAAAAAGAAAAUUCUUGAUAUGGAUAAGGAAUGGUCAAAAAUAAUGGUGAAGAAGUGGUGUUAAUAAUGGUCAAAAAUAAUGGUGAUUGGUGAAGAACAGGUAAUAAGCAUGAAUAAGUAAGCAGUAGCAGUUAAAUUUAAAAAUGUCAACUUGGUGGGUAAUCACACUAUAACGACAAAGAUGUAUUCUUUGUUUGAAACAUUCAAAUCAGACUCCCAUACUUCCAUUCUUCAGAAUGGUUAGGAAGAGCACUUCUUCAUUCUUAUAAUCUGGAGUUGAACAUAUAUUUCAAGAAUUUUCUUAGAGGAAGAUUUUUUGCUUGUUGAAAACAAAUCUUGACAUUUUUGGUUGCUCAUUUUGAUAUUCCAAUCAAAAAUGGGAGUUUUGGGUUGUGUCUUAAGGGCUCUAAGAAUUGGGCUUGUUCUUGCGUUCAUUUGCUUCCAACUAAUAAUAACAGCACAAAGUCAAGAUGCUGAUGCUUUGAAGGCCCUUACACAAGGCUGGGGGAAUUUGCCACCAAGUUGGACUAGUGGAGACCCUUGUGGUAAUAGAUGGGAAGGAAUCACCUGUACUAAUUCUCGUAUUAUUGCCAUAACGUUGUCAGCUAUGGGAUUGAGGGGUCAGCUCACCGGGGAUAUUGCAACUUUAUCAGAACUCCAGAUUCUGGAUUUAUCAUAUAAUAAAGGCUUAACAGGUUCUCUUCCUCAGAGCAUUGGAAGACUUUCAAAGCUUAGAAGAUUAAUCCUUCUCGGCUGUGGACUUUCUGGAAAAAUUCCUGACUCAGUAGGAUCACUAGAGCAGCUUAUAGACCUAUCUCUGAAUGAUAACAAUUUUUCCGGAGAAAUCCCAGCUUCUAUUGGUAACUUGAAAAAACUUUAUUGGUUAGACGUUGCGAAUAAUCAGCUCAGUGGGGGCAUUCCCGUUUCAAGUGGAAAUACACCCGGACUCGAUUUGCUGGUUAAUACCAAGCACUUUCACUUUGGAAUGAAUCGAUUCUCUGGUACAAUCUCCCCUCGUCUUUUUCACUCAAAGAUGACUCUGAUACAUGUGCUUUUCGACAACAAUCGGCUCUCGGGAAGCAUCCCUUCCACACUAGGUCUUGUAAGCACAUUAGAGGCAGUACGUUUUGAUCGAAAUUCAAUGAGCGGGGAUCUUCCAUCCAAUCUCGGCAACCUAACUCAUGUUAACGAACUCUUCCUGUCCAACAAUGAUCUAACUGGUCCUAUACCUGAUCUCACCGGGAUGAACAGCCUCAACAAUUUGGAUUUGAGUAACAACAGUUUUGAUGCCGCUGAAGUUCCAAAAUGGCUUGCUACAUUACAGUCACUGACAACAUUAACAAUGGAAGGCACAGAACUUGAGGGAGAGCUUCCACCAGAAAUAUUUAACAUCCCUCAAUUACAGAACGUGAGAUUGAGGAACAACAGGAUUAGCGGCACCUUUGGACUUAAAGGUAGCUAUAGCGGACAAUUACAGACCAUUGAUCUGCAAAACAAUUCCAUCUCUCAAGUCAUAGUGGGACUUGACUACAAUUUCACACUGAAGCUAGCCGAUAAUCCAUAUUGUCAAGAAGCUGGCGCGUCAUCACCUUUCUGCACAAAACAACAGGAUCUUGGCUCCUCAUAUACAACUCCAGUAUCGUGUAUUCCUCCACGAUGUUCUUCUGACCAAAUCCCUAGUCCUACCUGCAAAUGUUCAUAUCCAUUCACUGGAACUUUGGUAUUCAGAGCUCCACCAGCAUUUGGGAGCACAAAUUUUUUCACGGAACUUCAGCGUGAUCUAUUGCAGAAACUCAAUAAUUUUAGGCUACCUGUCGAAUCGCUCUCACUUAGUGACGUUUCUGUGGAUCAAUUCGGUUACCUUAAUAUGAAACUGGCAGUGUUUCCUGCCGUGCAAGACCAUUUCAAUAGAACCGGAGUUUUCUCGUUAGCAUUUGUAUUCAGCAACCAGACUUACAAGCCACCUAAAGAAUACGGCCCAUAUGUAUUUUAUGCUAGUACAUACACACAAUUUGGAGGCGCGCGAAGCAACAGUAAAUCACAUACAGGUAUUGUUGUUGGUGCUGCCGUAGGAGGUUCCGUUCUAUUGCUGCUCUUAGUAUGCGCCGGAGGCUAUGCAUAUUACCAAAGGAAGAGAGUGGAAAAGGCGAAGCAGCAGGCUAAUCCGUUUGUAUCUUGGGAUUCAAAUGGGGCUGGAGGUGAUGUUCCUCAGUUAAAAGGAGCCCGAUUUUUCUCGUUGGAAGAAUUGCAGAAAAGUACCCACAAUUUUUCCGAAGCCAACAACAUAGGUUCCGGGGGCUAUGGAAAGGUUUACAGAGGAGUUCUUAAUGAUGGACAAAUCGUUGCAAUCAAAAGAUCUCAGCAAGGAUCGAUGCAGGGUAGUCGAGAGUUCAAAAACGAGGUAGAGCUAUUAUCAAGGGUUCACCAUAAGAAUCUUGUGAAACUCGUUGGAUUCUGCUUUGACAAAGGCGAGCACACCCUGGUCUAUGAAUUCAUUCCAAAUGGUACACUAAUGGACAGUCUUUCAGGGAAGUCUGGGAUUCAGCUGGAUUGGCUAAAGAGACUGAUGGUAACUCUCGGUUCAGCUCGGGGUUUGCAAUAUUUGCAUGAGCUUGCUGACCCACCAAUCAUCCAUAGGGAUAUCAAAUCAAGCAAUAUCCUUCUUGACGAACGUCUGAAUGCAAAAGUUGCCGAUUUUGGCCUUUCUAAGUUGUUUGGUGACACGGAUCAGAAGGGUUAUGUGACUACACAAGUUAAAGGGACAAUGGGAUACCUAGAUCCCGAAUACUUCAUGACCAAUCAGCUAACCGAAAAAAGUGAUAUAUAUAGCUUCGGGGUAGUAAUGUUGGAACUAAUAACCGCAAGAAGACCAAUACAAGACGGAAAAUACAUAGUAAAAGAGAUCCGAGAAGCGAAAGAUGGUAAGAACGAUCUAUACAGCCUUCAAAGAGUAAUGGACCCGAUUCUACUAUCGAACACGACUUUACUAGUUGGUUUCGAGAAGUACGUGGAUUUGGCCCUAAAAUGUGUACAAGAGGAAGCAGCGAAGAGGCCUACGAUGGGCGAGGUCGUCAAAGAAAUAGAGCACAUUGUGCAAUUAGCAGGAAUCAAUCCUAAUGCUGAUAAUUCAUCAAGUUAUGAAGUAUCUAUUGCAGGAAACUAUGGUCAUCCUUACUCUGAUAAUUCACUUUUUCAAUACAGUGGAAGCAUUCCACUUACAAGGCCUGAACUACCUUGAAUUAUUGCUGAUAUUGAACAUGAUUUUUUCAGGGAUAUAUGAAAAUGAUACUUGUAUAAAAUGUAUAUUAAUUCAUCCUUAUCCCAUUUUUGGAACAAUUUUUUUUAUUCUUUCUUUGAGAUUUAGGUUUUUGUAUAUUUGAUUGAUUGUGUGAGGAAUUGGUUUUGAAUUAGUGGGUUUUUUGUAUUUUUAUAUAUGUUGAAAUUGUUUUUUAAGAAUGUUCAAAUUAAUAAUGGCAAUUGAAAAUUCUAU